CCUCCUGUGGUGAAGGGCGGCCCGCAGCGCCGGGCUCGGACCUGGCCGGGACGCUGCUCCUCCCCAAGAUGGCGGCGGGCGGGAAGGGCCGAGCCGGGGCGGGUAGCGGAAAAGGAGACGGGGGGAGCCGGCAGGCUUCUUCACACAAAGCAGUUGGCAGACGGCCCUCCAAGAGGCUAAAAUGUGAAAGAAACAGUCGGGUGAAGUCAGGACUGGAAGGCUGUAUGUGUGAGAGUGAGAACCCUCCUGCAUCUAAAACACCUGCUGAGGGCUCACCAUCAAAAGGUACAGAUCACCACGAAAUUCAGCUGGAAAAAAGUGAAAGAAUUCCAGAGACCGGUGGAGAAAAACAGGAGAAGGAAGGUGAUGUUUCUUCAAAGCCACAUGCGGCAAAAGCAAGUAGUGCACCUUCAAAAACAGAAAGCAAUGAGGAUCUGCAAGAUCGUGCCUGCAGGGAGGAGAACAGCUGUGAGAGCUUGAUUUUGGAAGGGAACUGCUUGAAGGAUGGAGACGUCCCUAAGAAACUAACAGAACUAGAUAACAGUGCUUUCUUGGAUGAAGACAGUAACCAGCCGAUGCCACUGGAUCGGUUCUUUGGAAACAUUGACUUUAUGCAGGAUGAGCUAGCAGCUGUUCUCCCGAGCACAACAAUGAGCAGGCGGGAAUACAGAAGGCUGCAUUUCAUCGCCAAGGAAGAUGAGGAGGAGGACGACGAGGAUGUUCUCUAGCAGCAAACUGUAAAACACAGGAAACUUUUCCUUGUCUUCCUACCAGAGCGAUGGUGGUAGGCUGUAUCACUGGCAUGACGUGUCAGUAUUUGCAUUUUCUUAGAGAAUGGCUAGAGUCUGUUUCUAGAGUUGGCAGAUACAGUAUUCCCCCUCAGUUUUCUGGGGCAGAGUUUGACUGAAUUCCAUCUUCCACCACGUCAGCUGUAAGCAUUGCCCUUUUAAUAGCUCUAUAAUGCAGAUUGUUCAGUGUUUUCAACUGACUUCCAAAGGUUGUGAAUAGAAGUUUCACAAAUACAUUGGCAGUGAAAAAGGCAGAACAGAAUCUCUCAGUAGGACUUUAACUGGUAGACAAACAAGUAGUGGUGGCCAAGUAGAUAUGGGUCAGUCCUUCAAAUCUGUUCCUUCUGGCCUGCAUUUUUACAUGAGCAACCUCACGAACUGCUAACUCAUGCAGUGUUGGUGAUAGUACUUUGAAAGUGUGAUUCUGCAAGAAGCUCCCAGAUAUUUAUUAUUAUAAACACAGAAGAAAGUAUUUCUAAAAAUACAGAGAAAAUAUAAUCAGCAGAUGGUUUAAAUCAAUAUUAAUUUCUACAGCUACAGUAUGUUGAACAUUCAAAAAUCUGAAGCCAAACAAAUUGUAUAUGCAUGACAUGUUAAUUUAUUCAAAUUCCCACUCCAGUUGAUGUAUUGUUUCUGUCAGUGCCAGUUCUUGGCUCCUUUUUACUCUUAAGUUUGUAACACUGCAAAAAAAAACCUUCCUAUUUUGGUGUAUACGUGGUUUUCAUCACAACUCCAUCUAAAAGCAGUUCUCCCAGCUCUCCCUUAAUUCCUUAUUAGCUGACUUUUUUUUUUCCUAGGCAGUCUCUUUACACACACUCAGUGUAAAAUGGUGUUAGUAGGAAAUGUGCCAUGCUGACAGCACAAUGCUUGUUGUCACAUCUUUAUUGCAGUCCCUUCCCCAAUACCAAAACACCAGAAUGUGCAUUUUCA